GAUGUGCCAGGAUGAGCUGUCCUUGGAAUAUUGUGUCCUACAAAGCACACCCAGAAGAGCUAGUCACCUAUGAACCAGAGAAUUAUCGUCCCCACCACGAAUACUACCCCUAUCUCAGUGACAAUGAGAGCCACGUUUCCAUUUCAGAGCAUUAUUGGGAAUACCCCAUAUCUACUCACCUGCAUGGCGAACUUGAUGGAUUUCCCGACUCACAACUCACAGAGUUGCAGAGCGUACAGCAACCACAACUUCAGCAACUGUACAGACACAUGGAAAUGGAACAAUUGCAUGUCCUGGAGCCUGGAAUGGCCACAACACAUCCACACCUCCAGCUGACACACCAGGUGUCCUUCGUACCUCGCGUGUGUGUACAGUUCCAGUCUCCAGCACCACCCAGCUCAGAGGAUGAUGACCAUGAAAGACGAAGCCCCCCUCUGGAAGUAUCAGAUGGAGAGCUAGACCCGCGAGACUCAGGUUAUGGGACACUUCUUGGAGAGCCAGGCAAUAAGAAAAAGAUCAGAUUAUACCAGUUCCUUUUAGAGCUACUUCAGAGUGGAGACAUGAAAGAGAGCAUCUGGUGGGUAGAUAAAGACAAAGGGACAUUCCAGUUCUCCUCCAAGCACAAAGAAGCUCUGGCCCACCGCUGGGGUAUCCAGAAAGGCAACCGCAAAAAGAUGACCUAUCAGAAAAUGGCUAGAGCCCUGCGCAAUUAUGGCAAGACUGGAGAAGUACGAAAAGUCAAGAAAAAGCUGACCUAUCAGUUUAGUGGAGAGGUUCUGCUCAAAAUGUACAAUUCAAGAAAGCACUUUCAUCACUGAGCCAGUCCAUACAUCUACUCGUGCAUCGCCAAUGUGCCUUUUCCUCAAUUUUUGGUACGAAAGACUUCAAAGUUUUCAGAAAGGAAGAGAAAUGCAGUGUAAAUAUUAUUAAUAUUAUAGUAAUUAUUCUAUAUUUUUGGUGGUUUAGUGACAAACAAGCACACUACCACUAUCUGAAAUGACGUAUGGACGAGGGAUCCAACAGUGUUUUUUUUUUAAAUGUCAGCAUUAUUAUGGAUCUAGACUGUGUUUAGCAUUGACCUGAGAAGACCAGAGACUUCGAUAUUGACCAGCCUGAAUUAGCAAUUUCGCACAAGAAGCAAAAUAUUUGA